UUGAGUAACGGGUGCCAGAAUUGUCCCCUCGGAGAAGCAACGCUGAUAUACGUUUGAUAUGAAUUUCCAAGUUGAUCGAAUUUUACGGUCCGACAUCCGCGAAUCUUCAUGCAAAUUGGUCUUGGGCUUUGACAUUGACAAGAUCAUCCGUUUCGUACCCUUUUGUACCUCUAUGGUAUAGGCGCGUGCCGAUUUGGCCUUCCUUUUCUUCGCUCAUCCCCUCGACAUGUUCUUUCGCAAACUGUCCAGAGCAAUUAGUUUCAAACCCAAGGUGUCCUCUCGAGCCAGCCGUCGCGGUAGUGCAAAGCCUGGCCAUCUCCAGGUUGCCGUAGGGCAGCUGUUUGAGGGACGAUACACGAUAAUAGGCAAGCUUGGGCAGGGGAACUACGCGACAGUAUGGCUAGCGCGAGACGACGCUGCUAAAACAGAGUCCACGAAACAGGUCGCGAUAAAAAUCCUCACCGCAGAAUGUACUACCGGGCCAGAGUCACUAGACGAGCUGGGAAGCUUCUUGUCCGCUCGUUCCCAUGGGAAUUCUGGUGAUGGAAACGACCGUGUCGUCAAACUCUUGGGCUACUUCCACUACCAUGGGCACGCUUGCUUGGUCUUGGAACUGCUAGGAGAGAGCGUCGAUGAUAUUAGGGGAAUAAUAGGGUCGCGGCGCCUGCCUGCUCAGGUUGUGAAAAAGCUUUGCAGGGAUAUGCUGCUUGCGCUAGACUACCUCCAUAACUCUGGGGUUAUUCACACCGGCGAGUAUUCGCGACCAACCCCUCCCAAGGAUGAGCUGGAAAGACCGUUCCCUACUGAAACCGUCCAUCACGGUUUGAUCCAACCGGCUGAAUUGCGGGCUCCCGAGGUCAUUAUUGAAGCCUCAUGGGACGAGAAGGUGGACAUAUGGAACAUGGGGUGUUUGGCUUACGAAUUCGUUACCGGCGGACGCCUAUUCAAUCCUGACUACCAGACCGUGGAACGAGGCAUCGAACCGGCGGAGGCGCAUCUAGUACAGAUCGUAGAACAGAUCGGGGACUUUGAUGAGGAUCUUAUAAGACGCGGCAUAUAUGGGGAGAAGUAUUUUGAUUUUACGGGCGACUUAAGAUGCAACGCGACGCUUUGUCGGACCACUAUGGAGGAGAUCAUGGUCAAGGUACAGAAAAAGUUGGGCGUCAUGGACCUGGCAGAGCUCACAGUAUUUUGUGAUUUUCUGCGGACGAUGCUAAGGAUCAGACCCGAGGAGAGGUGGCCACCGUCGCUGAUUCUCGAGCAUCACUGGCUUGACGUAGAUUGAUCUGGUGCGCGCAUGUACCAUCUGGGCACGAGCCCAUCUUAUACCCCUUCCGUCGUGCGGGAAAGGAUUUUACGAGCUUCAUUUUAGCGAGAAAUUUGUAUCACCAUGCGAGCUUCGUGUCGGUCGAGGCCUUACGAGAUCAUUUCAGCCCUGUGCAGUAUAACCAUGUAGAGAAAUAACGCUCCGGAUGAUUUGUUGUGGGAGUUUCGCUGAUUCGACGCGUCGGCUUCGGUGGUAUAUGGCUGUCUAUCACGCAGGUACUAUUCCUGGGAACUUUAAUCACCGUGUCGCACAACUCAAUACGAUGGUGGUAACUUAGUGGUAGCAUAAUAUAUGGCCAAGGGGAUGGUAUACAUCAUAAUCAAGGAGGCUCUAGUGCCUCUAAAUCAUUUGUUGCCUUGCCCGACCA